CGAAGCUGAGCGGGCCCGGUUUCCAGCCGGGCCGCUUUGCCAGCCGGGCCUCAGCAUGGCUGCCCCCAGGGCCGCGGGCCUGGCAGCCACCGUGCGUCCGCUUUCCUGACAGCUCGCGGCGUCUGUGGUCUCCCUCUCUUUCCCAGGCCUCUCCAGCGGACAUGUUUGCCAAGGCCUUUCGGGUCAAGUCCAACACGGCCAUCAAGGGGUCGGACAGUGGAAAGACAUGCCUCAGGAACAUGUGAAAAUAGAUGAGACACUGGAUGAGAAAGAUAAUGGGAUGUUUUGGAAGAGUGUGUGAGAAUAGGGCAUCAUCUACCAGACUUCCUUGGUCCUCAUGACUUUAUAGAGAAAGCUUCGGGCUGAUGUGGCAGCUGUUUUCCCCACUCUUGGAACCGAUCAGGUCUCUGAGUUAGUGCCUGGAAAGGAAGAGCUCAACAUUGUAAAGCUGUAUGCUCACAGAGGAGAUGCAGUGACUGUUGUAUACCUUGUGGUCUUAUCCCGAUCUUCUACCAACGUUUACAACAUGGCCUCUGGUGCUUGAAAAACUGGUGGGGGGAGCAGAUCUGAUGCUGCCGGGACUGGUGGUGCCCCCUGCUGGCCUGCCCCAAGUACAGAAGGGCGACCUCUGUGCCGUAGCGUUGGUGGGGAACAGAGCCCCCGUUGCCGUCGGAGUCGCUGCGAUGUCCACAGCUGAGAUGCUGACCUCGGGUCUGAAGGGAAGGGGCUUCUCUGUGCUCCACACCUACCAGGACCACUUGUGGCGAUCUGGAAACAAAUCCAGUCCACCGUCCAUUGCCCCUCUGGCCCUGGACGCCCCCGAUCUCAGUGAAGGGAAAGGAUGUGUCAAGGCCGACACCACCCUGGAGGGCGACAUGAGGCAGCUGACCCUGGAGGAGGAGGAGGAGGAAGAGGAGGAGGUCCAGCGGAGGUGUGAGAAGUCCCCGUCAGAAGCCAAGGAAGACCCCGGCCCUGGGGGCCUGCACGUGGACCCCACGGACAGCAAGACCCUUCAGGAGCAAAUGGACGAGCUGCUGCAGAGAUGCUUCUUGCAUGCUUUGAAGUGCUGUGUCAGAAAGGCUGACCUCCCGUUGCUCACCAGCACUCUCCUGGGUAGCCACAUGUUCUCCUGCUGCCCUGAAGGACGGCAACUGGACAUAAAGAAGUCAAGCUACAAAAAGCUCUCUAAGUUCCUGCAGCACAUGCAGCAGGAGCAGAUUAUACAGGUGCAGGAGCUGAGCAAAGGGGUGGAGAGCAUUGUGGCCGUGGACUGGAAGCACCCGAGGAUCACAUCUUUCGUCAUACCCGAGCCCUCCCUGACCUCCCAGACAAUCCAGGAGGGUAGCAGGGGACAGCCCUAUCACCCUCCAGAUAUAAAACCCCUCUACUGUGUCCCAGCCAGCAUGACCCUGCUCUUCCAGGAGUCUGGCCACAAGAAAGGGAGUGUCCUGGAGGGCAGUGAAGUCCGAACAGUCGUCAUCAACUACGCCAAGAAAAAUGACCUGGUGGAUGCAGACAACAAGAAUCUCGUGAACUUGGAUCCCAUCCUCUGUGACUGCAUCUUAGAGAAGGAUGAACAGCACACGGUCAGGAAGCUUCCGUGGGACAGUCUCCUGAGCAGAUGUUUGGAAAGAUUGCAGCCUGCCUAUCAAGUGACCUUUCCGGGACAAGAGCCCACUGUGAAGAAAGGCAGGGUCUGCCCAAUUGAGAUCACCCUAGCACAGAGAGCUUCGAACAAAAAGGUGACCGUGGUCCGGAACUUGGAGGCCUAUGGCCUGGACCCGUGCUCGGUGGCUGCCACCCUCCAGCAGCGCUGCCAGGCUAGCACCACCGUCACUGCUGCCCCGGGGCUCAAGGACAGCCUGCAGGUUCAGAUCCAGGGCAACCAGAUCCACCACCUUGGCCGGCUGUUGCUGGAAGAGUAUCGGCUGCCUCGAAAAUACAUCCAAGGCCUGGAGAAGGCCCCUAAGCCUGGCAAGAAGAAAUGACAGACUCUUGUUUCAUGUGGUUGAUCCAGUGGAAAUCCAGGCUCUGGGCUGGUAAUUUAUAUGAGUAUUUUCUGUUUUUGCAAACUAAAAAAAAUAUAUAUAUAUAUAAUUCUUUACCAAAAUAAAUUUUUAUUCUAAUCUGAA